GUGUAAUAUUUUAGGCAUCAAACGUGGAGUAUGUGAUUGUGAUGAAUGCAAAUGUAAGCCCGGCUGGCAGGGUCCAGCAUGCAGUUGUCGAAAUAUAACCACGGCGUGUAUUCAGAAUAAUGUAAGUACAGUUAUAUUAAAAAUUUCUCGUCCUGAUAAAGAUGUUAGUGACGAUCUUGUCAACUACUGUAGUUCAUGUGAGCGCUUUGACUGAUUGUAUUCUCUUGGAACAGCAAGUAUACAUUGCCGUUAUGAACGCGGACACAAGCAAGUUAUUCGUGUGGUAACGUUUCUGACACGUGUCAUAAAUACAAAGGGUUGAAAGGCCACUUGCAUGGGUUGUAACUGAGGCCGCGUUUACACUAUAACGCUACGGCUAGCAUUCCAUUAAUUCACUGCGUUUCUUAAGUAUUGCGUUUACACUAUAUUAACAAGGUGAUUUACCGUAGCGAACCAACGACAGACCACUACGUUUGGCACUCCGGAUGCAAAUCAAUACGCUACGAGUAACUUUCCCGUGGUCUCAUAGUGUAAAGAUAUACGGUUAGCAGUUCUUAUAAUUUUUAAUUGCAGGUCACGUGUUCAGGUCGUGGUCAAUGUGAAUGUGGACAAUGUGUUUGUGAAAAAAAGUAUUCUGGAAAGUUCUGCGAGAUAUGUGACGUAAGUAUUACGGGAUUGUGACUUUGGGCUAGCAAUGGAGACCAAUCCGUUAAACGUCACCCAAGUGGCAGCACAUUCCAACUGGAUAGAGUAUCGUUUUGAAUUCAAUCAUCCAAAACCUGAAUCUUUAUGAGAAGAUAUUAUUCACCUAUCGAAUACACCUUUUCGAUAAUUACGUCAUGAGUACUUUCUUGGUUUGGGAGCCUCGCUCUCAUGAACCAAGACGAAAGGCCAUUGGCUCACGAUUCAUGAGAACGAGGCUCCCAGGCAAGAAGAGAUUUGUGACGUAAUUAACGAAAUGGUGUAUUGUUAUGUCUUUAGGUAAACGUCUUUGUUUCUGUAGCUUGAAGGAUACAGCUUUCCACAACUCUUGUAUCGAGAAUGUUUUAUGCGCUCUAUAAUGAGGCGCCAUGUUAGUGUGACUACAUUAGAUAUUUACUAGGGCCCAGUGAUUAUCAUUUUCCUUAAUCGCAUGUGAGAAGAUUGCUGCCGCAAUCGUACACCGCAGGUUUUUUCUGUGGAACACUUAUGAACUGAUUGACAGAGCUAUCCAAUGUAGAUAAAUAUUCUUUAAUUUAGCUUAUACGUGUUGUUUAGUUUACAAAUAAAGUACGAUCUAAUUAAAUGUCAGUGGAUAUAACUGCCACUCAGAAAUGUUUGUUUUUAAUUUGUUAGGGUUGUAUAAAAGGCUGCUUACAUUUUAAAGAUUGUGUGCGUUGUAAGAUAUAUGAAACUGGACCACUGGUUGGAAAGUGUGACAAAAGUUGUAAUGCUACAAUAACCAGAGUUGAUAGUGUCGAAUCAUGUAAGAUAUUUUUUUCUUCUCAGACUGAGGGAUUAAAUACCCGCGAGUUUAACUCAGCUUGUCAUUGGCCCGACUUUAAUGGCUUGACAUUGGCCCGAGAUUAACUCAGCUUGUCAUUGGCCCAUAGAAAUAAUAGACAUAGAAUGCGUGCUAAUGACGAAUCAUGUCUCCACUUUUUCAGGUGCAUGCCCUUUUGAAUGCGCCAUUUUGAAUUUUGGCCAGGAGUGCAAACUACAAAGUAUAAACAAAGCUAAAACUACGUUUUCAUCGUCAAAACGUUUUGUCUUGUUGUCUAAUUUGUAGUUUGGGGAUAGAUUUUGAGUUCCUUGAAGGCACAAACUGACAAAGCAAAUGUGCAGUUACAAAACACUGUGAAAACAGUGAAAAUCGUGCAGCCUUUUAAAAGCAAAGUAGAUUCCCGAAAAUAUAAAUUACUCAUAAAACAUUUUUGCAUGCUCUGAACGCAACUGUUUUGCUAAUAUCGUAUAAGAUUACAAAAUGAUAGUUCUUUCUUCGUCGGGUUUCGUUUUUCUGCAAUGUAAACGAAGUGUUUUCAUGUUCUUAAAAAAAUUUAUAGUUGUCGAUAUUAAAACUGUAAAUUGCCUAAAAAUAAUCGUCGAAAAGCAUGGUUUCAAAAGCGUUGAGCAAGCAACGUAGAAAAAUAUGAAAUAUAAUUGUGUAAGUUUAAAAAGAUUAUUGAACUCCAUUUAUAUUGUAAAAGAGUUGAAAUAUUUGUAGAACAUACCUAUUGAGUUUGUCUUGUUCUUUUGUGUUUUGUUUUGGCUUGCACAACAACAUAACGUUGAAAAUUUAUUUUUAAACGACGAUUUCUGCAUAUAUUCUGUUCAGAACUAUUGCUUUUCGUAAAAAAACCCACUGGAAUGGGUUUUUAGACACUUUUCCUUAGUUUACCAAACUUUUUUUCCAUUUUAAGUCCCGAUAUAAAAUUUUUUGCAAACUUUUCAGUUGAAAAAAUAAUUCGCACUCCGUGCAACCGCGCGAAAUUCCCUGCUUCAGGAGUCUGGGACCAACCAAAAUGCCCUUUUCAAUGCGCCAUUUUGUGGAGACAAAUUUUUUACUGAGAAAAGAUAGGAGCACGCAUUCUAUGUCUAUUAUUUCUAUGCAUUGGACUUAUUCUAGAGAUGUACAUCAUCCGUUUGAAGGAUAAUCCAUCAUAAACAGAACAAGACGAGUGAUCUGUCAGACGAACUAAUGGCCUUGUUUGUGGACGGCUGAUCCAUCUACAUGGACAAACUUGAGCGAAGAAAAAUAGUUCCCCUGAUAAUUCGUCUGUGUAUAUAAACGAGGACAAACAGACGGGUCAUCCGUCAAGAAAAACUGCCUAGUUCGUGUGACGGAUCAUUCGUAUUAGUUAUGUGUGGCACUGAUUAGCAACUUGUACAAACAAUAUAAACAUGAAACAAAUUAUAUUUCAGAUGAAAAUCGAGGUACGACUUGUGUUGAAAUUGAUGAUGAUGAUGAUUGUACAUUCUCGUAUGUCCUCAAUGAAGGAAGUGAAAAAGUUCAAAUUUAUGCCGAAGAAGAGAAAAGUAAGAAUCGUUGUUUUUCUUUGCUUUCAGGGAAUAAAUAUUAAACCAAAAAAGCCGUUUCAGUAAAGUCGUAAAUUUACGGUUUUACUUUACAUAUUGAAUAUUCGGUAUAGCUUAUCAAUUAGAGGUACUUUAAAAUGUCUUGGCAACAUGAAACUUUUUAUCCAUAUUUAGCAAAAUAACCGUAAAUAUAACAAUACUUUCUGAGAUAGUCAGACGUUUUAAUAUAUUUUGUAAUGCACCUUGUGUAACAGUAUAAACAGUAUAGUUUUCUAAUUUGUUCUAAAGUGUGAAGAUUUGUUCUAAUUGCUGUUCUAAUUGCGGAUUAAUGGUUUUUUCCACAGGAUGUCCUCGUGAAGAGGGAUAUUUACUCAUCAUUAUUGGAGUUAUCCUUGGUAUUGUUGCUAUUGGGGCUGCGUUGCUUUUAAUUUGGAAAUUGCUUGCAACUAUACAGGUAAUUCAUGACUCUCUUAAAUGAAUCUACUCUUUUUGUUUCUUGUGUUGCGCAGUCAGGUAAGAUAUUUGUUUGUGAUUUUGCUCUGAGUGUGGCCACACCGGGCAAGCUGAAAGGCUUUUGCUUGAACUUUUUCACGGAUUCGAUUCCCACCGCGAUCAAGCAAACUGUGGAUACACUCAGAGCAACAUCACAAACAUAAUCUACUCUUGUUACAGCAUUUCAGAUAUGCUUGAAAGGCGAUUGAGCUUUAGAUUGGUUCCUGAUUAUAUCUAGACGUUUUUCACUAGAAGAGAUAUCAACCAACAUGUUUUCAUACAUUAUUCUUGUUCUCCGUAUUAGACGUAUCCCAUAUUACCUAAUCUCAUUCAAGAGUUAUUUUUCCCGUUGGCAUAAGUGUUUAUGAAGUGAAAUUUUGUCGUAUUUUUUAUUGCAUAACUUGAAAGUAUGUUCAAAAAAGUGACGAAUGGCCUUACAGUUUAUUCAUGUCAUUCCCAAGUUAUGAGGCAUUAUGACGUCACUGCUUGUAUUUGAGAUGGUAGCCGGCAAAAGGAAGAAAGUCUAUUAUCUCCGAGGUGAUAUUUCGUAUAAUUAGUAAGUGCACUUCAGCAAGCAUUGUUGUAUGUCUAUAUGGUUAUCAUGACAACCGACUAGUUACCAGGUCUCUCUCGUUCGUUUAAUAGCCCAAACCAUGGCUCAAACUAUGUUAGAACUAUAAAGAACUAUAUUAGUAAAUGAAAAUUGCAAAAAUUGUAUUACAUAUCGUUGAAAGCAAGGCAUUAGGCAAAUGGAAGAGAGGGACCUGGUAGCUAGUUUGUUGCCAUGACAACGAUAUAAACACCGAAAUGUUUGGCUAAGUGCACUUACUAAACGUACCUGAUUUCAUUUCAUUUUGUUGAAGCACCUCUGAGAUAUUAGACUUUCUCCUGUUUGCUCGAAUUCCAUCUCAAGCGCAACCAGUGACGUCAUAACUCAAAAUACAAAAAGUGCUAUAACUUGGGAAUGAGAUAUGAAUAAAUGUGACCGCUAUAAUGCGCCAUUCUUCAUUAUUUUAAACAUACCUUUCAGUGAUGCGACAAAAAUAUGGGCAAAAUUUCGUUUCAUAAACACUUUCACAAGCACAAAUGCAAGCAUUAGCACAAGAACGUUUACAUGACUAGAAUAAGCGACAUACGCACAAAUGUAUUACAUACCCAAAUGUAUUUAUCACACGGGUGAGAUAAGCACAAGGAAAGGAAAAGUUUAUUUUUCCUUGUGCUUAUGCUUAUUUCAGUUCACACUUGAAUAUCUUGUGCUUAUCCUUGUAUUUUAAUAUUUCAUUGUGUGAACCAAGCUUAUUAUUAUAUAAUGAUACUAAUUUUCAAGUAUGUCAUUUAGGAUCGUCGUGAGUUCGCCAAGUUUGAACGUGAACAACAGACUGCACGUUGGGAUACAAGUGAAAACCCCAUCUUCAAGCAAGCUACAACAACAUUCCAAAACCCAACAUAUGGUGGAAAGGGCUAAAUCAAUGUAUCUUUGUAUCAAUGUGCUAAUUGAUAGGAUUUUAUUCAACAAAUAGACUUGAAUGUGCGCGAAGACGUUCUAUACCCGUAGUUUCAAUUUGAGUAAUAGCAUCUGACAGUAUCGACAAGGGACAUUGAGUGUUUUACAAACAGCGCAGAUUGCUUCUCACUUAAGUAUAUAUAUAUGUAUGAAUGCGUUGUAAUAAUACAUAUAGGAGUUUUAGGGUAGAUUUUUAACAUUUUAUAGUUUUGUAAUAAGUGAAAAGCAAACAAGUAUGUCGGUGUUUUUUUACUUCCGUUUUGUCUGAUGAUUUACGCAUCAGUUACUUGCCCUCCCU